AUGCUUUCCAAACUUUAUAUUACGGAUUAAGAAGCAAAAUCAAGUAGAGGGAUCAGUUCUAUCAAAGUAAUUGAUUUUUAGAAGCAAUCUAGAUCUUUGUUUAAGCCUAAUUCAAAUUGGCUAGUUUCAGACUUCGAUUCUAAUCCGACUUUUUAAGUGCAAUGGAAAUUUUAAUUAUGAUUGAAGUAAUCGUUAAAGAAAAGUCAAUUAAUACCAUAAAUUAAAUCCUUAAAUUUAUAUUUUUAUAAGCUAUUGCCAAAUAUUUCUCUAAAAAUAAAAAAUUUGGUUUGAUUAAACAACCAUAAAAGUUGUUUCAUAAUUCUAAAUCCUAAAAUUUAGUCUUCUAAGCCAAGAAUCUUGUUUUAACUCCAGCAAACCUAGUUUCAUAAACUCAAGCGCAUCCUUUAAAUAUUUUCUAUGCAAAACUUCAUCGCCUCAAUAUACAUGUAGUUUGGUAAAUUAACCAACCAAUUAAUACCCUAACUAAAUGCUUACCUAUAAGACUGAGAUAUGAACAUGAUUCAGUUAUAGAUGUGGAUAUUCUAAUGCUUUGA